AUGGGUAGCGGGUAUAUACAGAUAUCGAAGCAAGCGCUCACCCUCAGUUUUGAGUAUACGCAGCGGCUGCUGGUCUUUGAUGACCGCUGCUUGACCUGGCAACAGAUCCUCGAGAAGGAACCCUCAGGGGCACCCGCUGUUUUCACUCAGCAGAAAGAUGACAUCAAGAAGCUUCUUGCCAAAUCCCCCAUCUCCUUCAACCUCUCUUUUUGGCCUUGGCCUGUUGCAAGACAACCUUGCUCAUCAGACUUUCAUUUGCAUCAUUCUCCUCUUGGGCAGGUCGAGCAGUUUCUUGGAUUGGUACCAAGUAUUUUUCGCCAGCCAUCCGACUAUCACCACCUCUUCGCUCGUUUGGAGACCAAAGCAAACACAGAGAAAAUCGAGCAUCCACAGUGGAAACCCAUCAAGAUGGUGCACGUCUGCUGCAUCGGCAUCUCCUCCAAGAAAAAGGGGCAGGAUGAAGACGCAAAGGCAAAGGAGGCGGAUCCUCCCGAAGACACGCAGUCGAAGGACAGAAAGGCGAAGAACGCGAAAUCGAAGGAGAAAAUUCCAGCCCAGGUUCCGAAGCAGCCCCUUGUCGAAUUGAUCAAGCUGCCUCCUCCGGCCAAGCUGCCUGGAAGCAACUACAACAUGGAACUCAUGCUCAGUGGAACCAACACAGGGGGCUCCAUUACGUCCUCUCAGCGCUCAUACAUGCGCUCUCCUGAACUGGAUUUCAUUCCUGAUCCCACCGAGGUCGAAUAUGUGUCGGACCACGAGGAUCAAAUCGAAGCACCCAGAAGAAGUGGCCCAUGGAGCAGACUCAGCCGACGCCGCUCUAACAACAGCAACAAGCGGUCUGACAGUCCCGACAGUGACAAGCGGGUGUCGAUUAUCAGCAUUCAGAGGCCCUCUUCCAAUCCCGCUGCUACGGAGAUAGAUGGCUCCCCGCAAUACGAUCAGGCUGCUUAUACUUACUCUGUGAGACAGAACAACAUGAGGCGCAUUCAAGCCGACCUCGAGAGCGAGCACAGUUCGCGAUCUGUCACGCCUGGAAGUAAGAGAUUCCGUGGGUUGGAGACAGUGGUGGAAGUUCCUGGUGAUCACCAAAGCGAGCGUCAGAGCGGACCGCGGCCGCGGAGCGGAAUAGAGGUGGAGAUUCCCACCGAUGUUUCUGUGGUUGAUGUCACGUCUCUGCCGCAGCCACCGCCUGCUGCCAAGCUUUCGAACGAAGGUGUUAAGGUUCAUCCUAUCGAUAUCACCACUGGAGACCGCCGGCGUAGCAGCUGUCCAAAGCCUGAAACCUCCACGAAGGUCACGGCAACAAAUCUUGUUCUUCGAGAGCGAGGGUCACUCCCUGAUAUGCCUCCCCCGGCCCCGAUUCUCCCUGCUCGCCAGAGUCGCGCCGAUCAGGAUGACGAGUCUUUCAGAACUUGGAGACUCUCCCAGUGUAUCCCCCACUGCGAAAGUCAGAUGGCCCUCUCUCUUCAACCUCAGAAUAUCCCCCUCCCACUGGACGCUGAGAGCACAGCUGCCUUUGACGACAAGGAGGCUUCUGAGGCCCAAUUUCAAGAUGGUUCUUCCAGCAACGGCGCAACUCUGUGCGACAUGGAGAAGCCCGAUGGCAAGCUCGCAACCGAGCCCGUGGGCAUAUCUCAGCCUCCCCGCACUUCGGAAUCUGCACAGUCCCAGGAUGGCAGUGGCUGGGAGACCUGGCUGCUCGCCGAGAAGCUCUCGUCUCAGGAGGAUUUCGUCACAGCUCAGGAUUUGGAUGGCAAGAAGAAGUUCGCAACUGCAGUGCCUAGUCGCAGCUCUGCUACCGAAGCUGGCGAUGAGAAAGGAACAAACCGUCAACACUCGAGCCCCAUCAGCUUUCCACUCCAAGAAAUUUCUGGUGACAAGCCGUACGCCGACUUGCCUUUGAAAGACGACUUGGAGGUAAAGACUACUUUGUUUGGUAGAAUGCCCUUGCAAGCGAACGAGCCGUCCCACUAUCCGUCAUCUUCUGUAUACUCGUCUAUGCAGAACACACGUACCGCCUCGCCAUCGGGCUUGAAGAAUAUCAGUGGUGACGACGAUCGCAACAGCCUUGCUGAGAGUCUUAUUGAUCUCGACCUCGCCAACUUUGAUUGUGGGUUUACAUUAAUCGCGGAAGCUGGUAUCUCAACUAAUAAAGCAACAGUGUACAAUCUCAAGGAGCAGCAUUCUGAUGAGAGUUAUCGUACCGCCCUAGACAAGAACCCCGACUCUGACACGGCUGUACCUUCUAUCAUCCUAUCAGGCCAGGAAGUAGCUGGCGCAGAUGGUAUUUGCUUCCAGACUGAGAACUAUCACAACUACGGCACCGCGCGGAACGUCCCUGACCCGAAGAACGAGAAGCCUGGUUCAGUUGGUGGUAUUGGAGGAAUUUCUGGUGAAUCCCAGAUCGACCUGCCUAGCGACGGCUAUGGACCGUCGCGAAAGUCUUCAUUCCUCCAAUUCCUGGGCAUUCGUAGAAGCUCGAGUACCAAGAAUCGAUGGCAGUCGCAUAGUCAGUCUUCCACGGAGCCCGCACAGCUGAACUCCUCGUCGGUAGCGAACCAGAUGCUCAAGCCACGGGAGAACAUUGAAAUGCUUUCGAGUCACAGCAUCACUUCUUCGACCCAGCAUGUCCCGAACGACGUCGCAUUCACUGCACCCAAGCUCACUGAAAGCGCCACCGUGGUCUGGCAGCGAGCUUUCAGAGUUGAGCACGACCAGCGCGAGACCAAGUCCACUACAUAUUCCAAGAAGUCUGCCAUGGCUAAAGCCAGCAUGGGAACAAUCUCAGUCGACGAGAACCACCUCUCUCACCCUACAGAGCGAGAUGUAGUCGGAUAUCGCUACAAAGAAACCAAAGCGCAGGAUUUUAUCGCAACACGAAACGCCAGCCAGUCAAGCACUUCUCAGCAGUCUUUCUCCGGUACCAUCAUUCCCAAGAAGUCGGAGAACAACGAAGAUUGGCCCUCCCAUGACAGAGCCAAGAGAACUAGUACUGCAGGCCCUGAUGACGAUAUGACGCCGAAGGAUUUUGCGGCAGUCCCCGGUGCGGAGACAGCGCAGUAUGUUGAGCUCGCCGGCAAGACUUCCAUGCCCAGCGUCGUCGAGAUCAAGAAGUCUUCUCAGUCCAUGUCGAAGAAGCUCGGGAAGGCCAUGAAGACCAGCUUGGGAAAAAUGAUGCCGUCCAAGCCCGGUGUCAAGUCAUCUGCCCAACUCGAAUAUCCAGAGCUCGAAAUCCUGCCCACCAAGGAAGGUUACAAAGACCUGGAAGCUCUCCAGAGCAGCAUUGAAACCUUGAAGGGCAGUGAGCAUGCCAAAAUGGCCAUCAAUCCAGCUCUUGCCAUGGCUGAGUUGGAGAACCAGCCAGCGUCUUCCCUGGACCCUCUGCCUGCGCGGCUCCACGAAGCCGAGCACGCGAGACACGAAUCUGCCAAUGAUACCGCCAACACCGCCCAAAAUGAUGUUGCUCUGGAGAGCAAGAACGCUCACAAGGGUGGUACUGAAGUACCGACUAUCCGGCCCGUUACACCGGCCAACAUGAUCAUGCUUCCUGCGGGAGAUUCCACUACCGCUACGACUGAGCAAUGGGCUACCCCAGCCAGUCGUCUGUCUUACACCACAGCUCUCGAUGAGAAUGACGCAGUUGAAAUUGCCUUGAUGUACGAUCAUCCAUUGAAGCUAACUCUGAUUUCCAGGUGA